UGCACAGCUCACAUGUCUCCUUUGGUCAAAGACUGGUCCUUCCAGAGCUUACCAGUGACGUCUGUGAUCACAAUCGACACUGGUGCGCAGCAAAUGCAUGGGUUGUGUCUUGUUCGCACUCGGUCAGGAGCAGUCACUUGCGUGCAAUCCGCAUGGUACGCGUCUUGUUCGGUGGGACGUGUGGCCGUCUGCGAAUGAUCGCACGUCUCGUGGCACUUGGAACGAAUGGACCAGACAUCCCUUCUCAGUCGAGAGCGCAGUAACUGAAGAUGACUGCCACAGAUUACGUUCUCCAGCUUCGACCGCAUCCUUAUGAAUUCGACGGAAUACAACGGCAAUGCGAGCGCAUGGGACUUCAUCCUCGAGCAGGGCAACAUCCUCAACACGACCGCCGGCGAGCUUGUCUUGACCCUCAGCGAGCAGAACAACGGCACGCUGCUCACGUCGACCCGUUACGUCCACUACGGCCAGAUUACGGCAAGGAUGAAGACUGGCCGAUGGGGUGGUGUCGUGACAGCGUUCAUCACGAUGUCGGACAUCAAGGACGAGAUUGACUGGGAGUGGCCUGGAAACCAGACGACUGAGGGCCAGACUAACUACUUCUGGCAGGGCUUCGUUCCCACACAGACCGCUGGCCAAACGACCGGUAACUUGACCGACACGUACAGCAACUACCACGACUACACGCUUGAUUGGCAGCAGGAUAGCCUCACUUGGCUCGUUGAUGGCAACGUCGUGCGCACGCUGACCCGCGCGGAGGCGACCGACAACUCGACGGGCCUCAGCCGCUUCCCGAGCACGCCGAGCCGCAUCGAAUUUAGUCUCUGGCCUGCCGGCAUCAGCAGCGAGCCCCAGGGCACGGUCCAGUGGGCGGGCGGCAUGAUCGACUGGAACGACCCCGAUUACAAGUCUGCCGGCCACUUCUACGCGUACCUCGACUCGGUGGCGAUCACCUGCAACGACCCGACGACCCCCGGCCCGAACAUCACGUCGUACGUGUACAGCUCGAACUCGUCCGCGUACACGCCGUCGAUCGACCUCUCGAACGACACGACUAUCUCGAGCAACGGCGCGGUCGCAGGCGUGCCCGCCUCGGCCAAGUGGGCGUUCUUCGCCACCGGCGCGGCGGUCCUCCUCGCGCUCUUCUGAGCGGACCUUGGUCUCUGGGGUUGACGAUGCUUUUGCAUCGGCGCUGGUGUCCAAUCUUGUGUACGGCACGCAGUCUCGAGUUGAGCUCCGGACUGGGAACAAGGACACGUCUUCUCGGAUUGGUAUUGGUAUUGGUAUAAGUAUUGGUAUCUGGACUGAUGAACGGCUAAUUCAAAGGGCUCUCAUGUGUUGUGAAUAUAUUCUGGUGUGGUCCCUGUGUUGGGACCGCGCUGACUCUGUUAUCUGGAUGCUUUGAUGGUUUUCUAUCGAGUGUUGUGUUUCGUCUGUUGGAAGCCGGGCGUAUAGGUUGCGUUCUGCUGGUGUGGGUGGAUAUUGUGGAAGUUGGGGCAGGUGUCUGCUGUAUUCGUCGGCGUUGAAGACGAAAU